GGUGCCGCCUGGAGCCGGCAGGGACGCCCAGCCCCGUCCCUCAGCGGGCUUCCUCGUGACUCAACGCCGCCGCAGGAGGGCAGGGAAGGAGCCGGGCUUGGGGGAGAGAGAGAGAGAGAGAGAGCGGCCGUGCGGGGGAGAAGGAGAGAGAGAGAGAGGAGAGCGGAGGCGGCUGGUUUGAACGCGGGCGGGCGGUUUGUGGCCUCGGCUGGGGCGGGCGCAGCAAGACGCGCGUCGUCGGUGAAGGCAGCGCGCGGGCGGGCGGGUUUUUCUCUCUUCUCCCCCCCCCCCCACCUUCCUUCUCUCUCUCCCCUCCUUCGCCCACCCGCCUCCUGCCGCGCCUCCCCUGCGUUGCCUGGUCACCAGGGCCGGAGAAACGACGGCUGGGCAGUAAUGGAGAAGGAGGCGGCGGCGGGGGGUUAAGCCGCGAGGGGCGCCCCUUCUGCGGCCAGGGCUGCUCCUUCCCUUUGACUCCCCGCAUGGCCUUCAUGAUGAUGAAGAAGAAGAAGUUCAAAUUCCGCGUGGAGCUGGAGCUGGACGAGCUCUCGUCGGUGCCCUUCGUCAACGGGAUCCUCUUCUGCAAGGUGCGGCUGCUGGACGGCGGGAGCUUCAGCGGGGAGUCCUCCAGGGAAGUGGUUCAAGCGAACUGUGUUCAUUGGAAGAAGAGGUUUUCCUUUAUAUGUAAAAUAAGCGCCAGUGCCACGACAGGGAUUCUGGAUCCCUGCAUCUGCAGAGUCUCUGUACGGAAGGAAUUAAAAGGAGGGAAGACUUAUGCAAAGUUGGGUUUUGCGGAUCUUAACCUGGCAGAGUUUGCUGGAUCAGGAAGUACGACUCGCCGCUGCUUACUGGAAGGUUAUGAUACCAAAAACACAAGGCAGGACAAUUCAAUUCUCAAAAUCUUAAUCAGCAUGCAGUUAAUGUCUGGAGACCCUUGUUUUAAAACACCUCCAUCUACAUCAAUGUCUAUACCAAUUGCUGGAGAAUCAGAAACCCUCCAUGAAGACAGAAAAGGUGCAGAAAACACCAAAGGGUCACAUUUGACUGUAUCAGAUUUUACAAGCAAGAGCAUCUCAGCGCCAGAUGAACUUGGAGCAUGUGGACAUUCUAGGACUUCUAGUUAUGCAAGCCAGCAAUCAAAAGUAUCAGGAUACAGUACUGCACAUUCCAGAUCAUCGAGCUUCUCUGAUCUCGGUCAUAAAAGAAAUACCUCUGUGGGAAGCACAUCAACUGGCAUAAGUAGUAUUCUAGAGCCAUGUGAAGAGGCUGAAUCCAGAAGCACUGAGGAUAAUAAUCUGAAAGCCACUAUGAAAGACGCCCUCCCAGAAAAUUCAAACAGGCUACCAGUGAAACAGGAUUCUGUGGAAUCACAACUGAAGAGGGUUGAUGCAACAAGGGUUGAUGCCGAUGACAUUGUUGAAAAAAUACUGCAGACUCAAGACUUCAGUUUGGAUUCAAGCGCAGAAGAAGAAGGGCUAAGACUCUUCGUAGGUCCUGGAGGGAGCACUGCCUUUGGAAGUCAUCACUUACCUAAUAGAGCGGGAUCCGGAGCUUAUGAACAAGUAGUUAUAAAACGCUAGAAGAACUGGACUAAGCUGAUGGAUUUCCAGAAUUUAUUUCUCAAUAUUAUGAAGGAUGAGAUCUUCUGAAAGUUGGCAUACACUGGUAUGCCUGUUUAGAUACUUUUAUGUUGAAAACUCUUUCUUCUGAAACCAUUUAUAAGGGCAAUUUCCCAUCUUUUUAGCAUGCUGCUAAUUUGUUGGCAGAUUUGUUGAUGGAGUUGUUGCAUUGUUCCAUAUGUAAAUCAAAUUGGGGUGUUUUAUUUUUUUGGAAAGGGGAAAAAAAAUUCUAUAUAAUUGAACCUAUACCGAAAUCAGUUGUAAGCGGAAGAAAUGUUUUCUAUAGGCAAAUCAGAAUAGGAAAUAGGAAAUACUCAUUCAAGGAAGUGUUUUGAGAAAGUAGUACUUUUUAUAAACGUGUAGUUUUAAAACGUGACAUGCAUUUCAGUAAUGUAUUUUUGUUAUCACUUGAAAAUGAGUGACUAGCCCUAAAUAGGAUUGAUAAUGCAUAUUUUAUUACUGUUGAAUAUACUCAAGAGCCGCGCAGGUGCUGUACGUAUUCUUAAAACUAUGAAAAAGUAUGAGGUUGUUAUUGACUGACAUUUAGUCUGUACCUAAAUCAUUAUCACAGGAUUCAAUGGGAACUUUGAGCUCACAAGAUGAUUUGCAGAGAGAGAGAUUGGAAAAUAUCAUUGGAGAGUGCCUUGUUUCUAAGGGAAAAGGAAAUACAAACUAUUUUAUGAAGCUUUAAUAGUAAAUAGUAAACCGCUAUAAAGAUAAGCACUUUAUAAAGGUUACUUCGGUCCACAUGAAAUCCAUUAUUUUAGUUGAAGUUCCGACUUAAGCCUGGCAUAAAUUGAGCAAAUGGCAUAAUAGCAAUUUCCUUCGUUUUGUUGCAUUAUAUUUGCUGGUCAUGGUCCAUAUAUGAAGGAAACACUGUGCAAACAUUUAGAUGGAUGAAUGCUUUGCGCCUAGUGCUCUCCAGUAUUAAAUUGCUUUUUUCCCCAUGUCCUCUUAAAUAGAAUUUAUUUCAAUUAGACGUACACAGAAGAAAUCUCCUGGCAGAACUGUGAUGCAUAAACAUUUGUAUAAACAAAACAAUAUAAUUUGCCUAUGCAACAAUUUCAACAAAGUAUUGUCUGACAGCAGAAACAUCACUUUUUUUGGCUAAUGGUAUGAAAUCUACCAAUAAUCUUGGAACUAUAUCAAUAGUUUAAGUAGCUGGCCUCCUAUCUUUAAAAAAUAAAUUGAUACACCUUUAAAAAUAACUUUUAAUAAGCUAAUUAUAGGUAUCUUAUUUUAGUGUCUUAUUUUUACUGUUUUCAUGGUAUCACUGAUUCUUUUUGAAAAGAGUAGGAGUUAUUUUUAGUUAAAUGAAGGAUUUUUAAUGUUUGAAAUACUGUUUUUUUUAUAAAUAUCAUAGCUUUUUUGCUGAAAUCACAUGUGUGAACUCUUAAAAUAAUAUUUCUUUACUAUGGUACCCAACGGUGUUCUAUUAUGUUUCGACUUGUUCUAACUUGACUUUAAGUGGGUUUUUUUAAAGCUGCUAUUAAAAUAAUGGAAAAGGAAUGCACAUGGUUUGUUUUGAAAUACACUUUAAUUUACUUUGAACUUUCUAUUAGUAGGGUUAAGUAAAAGGAACCUAAGAUAGUGCUUGAAUUUAUUGUGGAAAUAACUGAUUUAGAGAAAUAGCAAAUUGGUAUGAGAAUGCACAGGUUAAAAUAAACGGCAGGGUAAAUUAUAGUACCCAUAAUGAGAAAUUAUCACUUUCAACUAAAUAUUCU